AUGGAGCAGCAACUUCACUCGCGAUCCGACAGCCGACUUUCCGAACCUCCCGACUCUUUCGACGAGCGCCGAGAAGACGAGUACUACGAGUACGCCGAGGCAGACGAAGAGGACAUCACGAUCCGGCGUCCGGCGUCCGCGCUCGACCACACCCCAGGCAUCUUCGCCUCCCAGCAACAGACGCACCGCCAGUCGCGACGCCGGUCAUCUUUCUUCCCCGCCCCUUCGCCGGUGCACGCGAUAGCGACGCCGCGGCCGACGCUGCUCUUCGCGCUCGCGAGCGACGACGUGGACGCGGUCCGGCGCGUGCUCGAGAGCGGCGAGGCGCGGCCGAACGACGACGUCGGCCCGCAGAGCGCGCUCGCGUUCACGCUCGCGAACGGGCAGCUCAAGCACCGCACGGAGAUGGUGAAGCUCUUGCUCGCGUACGGCGCGGACACCGCCGCGCUGCGCGACGCCGAGGCCGAGACGCGCGACGAAGACGCGGGGGCGCCCCCCGGCGCGAGUCGGCUCUCGAACGUGCUCGAGAACCUUGAUCCCGCCACCCGGUAUUACAUCGAGCGCGCGGACUCGCCGCAGACGCGCCGCACCUCGGCCCUGAUCCACAGGUCGUACUUCCGCCCGCUGACGCGGGUGAGGUAUGAGCUGAUCGGACAGGAGCGGGUUCUGGAGCAGCUGUUCCGCGUGCUGAGCAUGCCGGCGCUCGCGCCCAUCGUCGUUCUGCUUUGCGGACCGAGUGGCCAUGGGAAGAGCCUUCUCGCGCGCAAGUUCGGAUCUCUCCUGCAAGUUCCAACACACACGGUCAACAUGACCACCCUCCAGAACACGGGCGACAUCUGGAGGAGCCAUUCCAUCGCUCCCAUGGAGGCACCUUCGGACAACUCCCUCAAGGACUUCUUGAUCGAGAACGAGGGCAAGCGUUGUGUGGUCGUGCUCGAUGAGAUCGAAAAGACGCACGACGAGAAGAUUCUGUCCUCGUUGCUGAUGCCGUGGGAGUACGGUCGCUGCUCGUUUGAAGCCGGGUACCGACAUGUUGAUGUAUCAAAGGUGAUAUGGCUGGGCACGUCAAACAUUGGCCACGAUCUCGUGUUUGAGCACCAAGACGGCCGCCCUGCGCCGUCCACGCAGCUCUCGCGUGAGGAGUACGUCGACCUCAUGGGCCUCCUCCGCCCUCGGGUGUCAAUCCGACUCGGGCCCUCGCUGCUGUCGCGGGUGACCGCGGUCCUGCCGUUCGUGGCGUUCACCACUGAAGAGAAGCUGGCCAUCGCCGCGGAAGCGCUGCAGGCGCUGGCGGGCGAGGCGUUCGCAGAGAUGCCCCCGGCGACGCGGGACCAGAUCGUGCGGGCCUCGCUGGGAUCGUACAUCGCACCCGAGGGCGCGCGAUCACUGUAUCGUGCGGUGUCGACGCUGUUGUUGGACACGAUGUGA